GUAAAGAACCUAAUCAAAUUUGCGCGGGUUCACUCUCGGCUGUUAUGGUUAACUGCCAGUUCAAAACCAUCAAUAAAAAGGUUGCUUCCUAUCAUUUGGGGACCAGGAAUCAUGUCCAAGCGAGAACUGUUUUUAGAAGCUGCCUGUAAGGAAAAGGUGGAGGAAUUUCUGCGCUUUAUUCGGCUUCAUAAGGAUAAAGCUGAGCCCUUCGAUGUGGAGGAGGUGGUGCAGGAGAUGCCCAGAGACCAAAGAGAGGCUCUGUGGGGGAAGCUGGAGUUGCUUCUUCGGAGCAUCCUGCUGGACUUGCCUCCAGACUGCUGGGAGAAGGACAUGAAUCAGGAUUCAGCUUCAGACCCUAAACAUGUCAUGGCUGUUGUGGACGGUGUGACGCUGGUGGCUACAGUGUCUCUAAAGGUUUUACAAGAUGGUGAUACCUACAGUGCCCUUUUAGAAAUUGCACACAUGCUUCAUGAAGUCCUUGUGUCACCUCCUGUGUCAGAGAUGCCUCUGCAGGUCCACAUACAGCUGCUCUUUGAGGCCUGGUGGAAGAAGGGUCUGACGGAGAAAGAAAAGUUUGGUCAUGCUGCUAUCCUCACUUCUUUGCAGAAGAGCAUCACCUUAAAGAAACCAGGUGUUGAGAUUCAGAGAGUGUGGAGUCUCCAUGAUGUGCUUUUGAGUCUGGACUACACAUCAGAGGACAACAAGCAGAUAAUUGACUUGCUGCUUCAGUGCUUUCACCAUCCUACCUUCAUUAGAAAUGAUGAUGGAAAGCGAUUCCUGGUGUUUCUUUUCAGCUGGAAUAUUGAAUUCAUUUGGGAUAUUCAUGGCACCAUCAAAAACCAGCUGGAGUUUUUUAACAAGAGCAUUGUGACUCACAUUGCAGAGAUCUACUUCAGAGCAUGGAAGAAGGCCACUGGGGACUUCUUGAAGAAGAUUGAAAGCACAUGCAUUCAGGAUUUGAUGCAGAAUGCAAUCUUACUUCAUAGAGCAUCGCCUGUCCAUGCCAAAGUCCGACAGAUUGUGAGUUAUUUCCACACAAAGAAGAACUGUCACAGCGUAGUCAAGAUGCUGUAUGACCUCUACAAGCCAAUACUCUGGAAAGCUCUCAGCGCUCCUAACUUUGAGGUGCGUGCAAAUGCAACUUUGAUUUUCACUGAUGCCUUCCCAGUACAUGAUCCAGAUCAGAAUACUAAGAAUAUAGACAUGAACAUCCAAAAACAGCUGGACACCUUAAUGGGCCUCCUUUAUGACCCUCACCCCACUGUGCGCUCCAGUGCCAUCCUGGGUGUCUGUAAGAUUCUGCUGAAGUUCUGGGAGCUCCUCCCUCCAACCAUCAUCACAGACUUCUUAAAGAAGCUGGUGAUGGAACUUGCAGCUGACAUUAGCUCCCCCGACAUCCGCUGCUCGGUUUUUAAGUGUUUGACUAUUGUCCUGGACAACCCUCUCAGCCAUCCACUGUUGGAAAAACUCCUACCCUCUCUUAAGUACAGCCUUCACGACAAUUCUGAGAAAGUCCGCACAGCUUUCCUUGACGUUCUUAUCAAGGUUAAAGCAGUUCGUGCUGCCAAGUUCUGGAACAUCUGCAACAUGGACCAUCUGCUUGCCCGCCUGGCUAUAGACUCGCAUUCAGUCUCCAGGCGUAUUGUCGAGCUGCUCUUCAAGUCCUUCUUACCCAUCAACGAGUCAGAGAAGGAGUGGUGCAACCGGUGCGUCACUCUCAUCCAAAUGAACCCGAUGGCUGCCAGGAAGUUCUACCAGUAUACUCAUAAACAUACAACACCCACCAACAUAAUAAAGCUGAUGUUGGCCAUUCGCCGCGCUCUUAACGGCUGCAUCCAGGUUGACUGUGACGUGACAGAGAUUAAUGACAGCAACAAGGAAAACGGUGAGGGCGGAUCCAUCACAUUGGGACAAGACAUGGCUGUUGUGUCCAGUUUGCUGGAGGUCGUGGUUAUCCUAUGGAGAAGUAUCAAGGAGUCCUUGAAACAAAACAAAGAGGCACACAAGUAUAUUGUUGCUAAGUUUGGAAACGUUAUGUCCAAGUAUUUCCAGGCUUUUGAGGAUGAGCGAUCCACUGUUCCUCUUAUCCAGCUGGCCUCAUUUAUGUCCCCAGCUGCAGUUCCAACAUUCAGCUGUGGAAUCCUGUCCAGGCUGAGAAGGCUGGACUCAGGAGCUGUGCCCACACAGUACAGCCAGCUGCUGGACUGCAUCUGUAGCUGGGACCAGGCUGCUGACAUCCUUGAACUGGUCACUGAUUGGCUCACAGAGCCCCUUCCCAAGAAAGGGGACAAGAUGACAGUCAGUAGAAAGGUGCGUAUUCAGGAGACGGUGGAGGCCAAACCAGACCUGGCACUGGCUUACCUGGAUUACCUUUUCAGCCACACAUCAACACGGGAGAAGGUCUUGGCUCUUGGUCAGAGACCCCUGAAAGAGCUCCAUACAGCUCUGGGAAACUGGAAGUCAGUGCUAUACAGUCACCUCAGCUCCACAGAGGACCCUGGACAUCCCAGCAUGGAGACUGCACUGCAAGCCUUUAUGUACCACGGUCGCCUUGGUGCACAUCUGCAACAUAAUUCAACAGACGGCCGAGACUACUUGCUCUCUCUGGAGCAUGUGGCAGCGUGGGUAGCAGACAGAGUGCUGCCCUUUCUGACUAAACAUAUUGGAGAUGAUGCAGAGGAUCUGGACAAGUCCCAGCAGCUGGCCACACAGAUAUCUGAGAGCUUUCUGUCAAUCUGUCAUGAUAUUUUACUCGUGGGUUUGGGGGACGAGACAUUCAGAAACCAAAUCCUCCACCUGUGCUCCCUCAUCCUUCUCUCAGAGGCAGGCUACUUGUGUAUCCCUGCAGUGCUGCAAGUGUUGAAAGAGGUGGCAAACUGCUGCGUACUUGAAGAGGAAAACCAGGGUCAGAACGAUGGAGCUUCUGUCACUUUGGCUUCAGUUUCCAGCAUUUUCCAGAAGAUUAUAGAACUCUUGGCUCGCUGCCUUAAGAAGCAACCAGAAGAAGGAAAGCAGCUGUGUCAGUCAGCUGUUCCUGGUCUGACAGACUUCCUGCGAGUGGCACAGACCUGGGACAGAGCCCUUCUCAGCGGUGUCUUUUCUACUGUCUUUGCUAUCAUCAUCGUUGAGAUGAGACAUGUGCUCCAAAAGAUAACCCAUCCAGAGGAGCUGAUCACCCCACAGUCUGUGGAGGACAUGCCUACUUUGUCCAGCAUCCUGCUGUCUGUCAUGCUCAAAUCACCCUCUGUCACCAAGUCAUUUUUGACUGAGGUCAGCUCAUCUUUGGACUCCGAGGCCCUUAACAGUCUGAAUGAACUGGCUGCCGUCCUGCGUGUCUUGGUGGUCAUCAAACGCGCGGGGCAGUGUAAAGCUGGCUUAAAAAGCACCGCUGUGUCUGUCCAGCAGCAGCUUUGUAAACACACCGUCUCAUCCGUAGACAGCAACGACAUCCAGAGGGUUAUUUAUGAAUCUUCAGUGACGUCUUUGAAUGAGAUUCUGCAGUUGUGACUUUCUCUACAUUUAGUAUUUUCUGGUAUGAUGUCAUUUCUGCUUCACUUUUGUAUUGUAUAAAACAGAAGAGGGUAUACAUAUGAUGCCCUCAAUAUUUCAGUUUCCCUUAUAGGUUUUUGUAAGAUAUGUUUCAUAUUAAAACCUAGAACAGAGUGCAUGUCUGCUACGUUUUUCCAGCUACCACCAUCUUUGUUUAUUCAUUUCUCGAUGGCUCACAUCACUCAAAGCUUGUCUCUGAGGCUUUUAACACUGAUGUUGAAAAAUACUGAUUAAGUUCUUGACAGCAGAAAUAUGGUUUAUUUGAUGAAAUGUUAUUCUUCUUUCAAGUGUUCAUCUUCUAUUCCUCUCAUUUGCAUAAAUAUUUUAAAACAAAUACUUUUUUAUUGUAAUGUGCCAGUAUAUGUGUUUAUAUAUCUGUUGGUUUGUUUGAAGCGUAAGU